AUGUCUUAUCCAAUCAAAAACAUACUCAGAUCUGAUUCCGAAUGUGAAUCAUCUUCACUUUUCGGAUCUCCCAAGAUGAGGCGAACGUCGGAGUUGACCCCGCUUGUGACGGAGGGCGCUCGCUCCUCAAGUCCAGCGCUCAGGUCUCAUUCGCCUGCCACACGCAUCUCUCUGCUCGUGGUCACUGGCGUGGCGCUGCUGCUCACGCUCACGUUCGUGGUGCGCCAAGAUUCGUCAUUAUCAAGUUUGAAGAACCUCAAAGGCAUAACGCGUAACAAUUUUGAGGGACCUCAAGACGAGUUCUUUUGCGGGAUUACGAAUCACGAGACGGGCUACAUUAAGCUGCCGAACAAGGAUGACGACCACUAUUUCUACUGGUUCGUCGAGUCGCGCAGUGACCCACAGUCAGACCCGUUAGUUCUCUGGUUAACUGGAGGACCUGGUUGCUCCAGUAUGAUGGCACUGUUAGCAGAGAAUGGCCCUUGCCAAGUACAACCAGAUCUGUCUACCAAGACCAAUCCGUACUCAUGGAACGGACACGCAAAUGUUAUUUGGCUAGACCAACCAACCGGAGUCGGAUACUCUUACGGCCCCACAGUGGACUAUGACUCCGGAGAGCUCAACGUGGCUGAGAACAUCUACUGGUUCUUGCAAGAGUUCCUUAAAAAGCACCCAGACUUGGCUGAUCGGGAAUUCUUCGUGACUGGGGAGAGCUAUGGGGGACACUAUGUCCCUGCAGCCGCUAGUCAUAUUCUAAAAGCCAAUAUGCUCCGACACUUGAAACCUGACGCUGUGCACAUUACUCUGGCCGGUAUUGCGGUCGGAAAUGGACUGACCGAUCCAGCGGUGCAGUAUCAGCAUAGUGUGGACAUGGCGUUCAACUCGUACAAUGUGUCGCUGCUGGACGAACAAGCCAUUGAAGUGAUGCGUAAGGCGCAGCCUGUAUGCCAUGAGCUAAUCGUGCAGUGCCAAAAAGAACGUUCUAAAUGCGUUGACGCCUUGGAGUUCUGCUUUGGAGCGCUAGAAGGACCGUACUACCAGUCCGGACGCAACCCGUACGAUAUCCGCGAGCCGUGCACUGAAGAGAACGUCAUGAAGUGUUUCCACUUUGAGCAUAUUGAUGAGUACUUGAACACGCCUAGUGUACUGGACAAGCUUGGAGUUGACGUGCACAAGUCGAAACCAUGGCGAGAAUGUGAUGCAAUAGUCGGUGCGGGUUUCGCAUUCGAUGAAAUGCUGUCCUCUGCUGAGGAUGUUAAACUCUUACUAGAUGCCGGUGUAAGAGUGCUGAUUUACGCUGGCGACGCUGAUCUCAUGUGCAAUUGGGUGGGCAACCAAGCGUGGGUAAUGGCACUGGAUUGGAGCGGCAAAGCGGAGUUUAACUAUGCACCCAACCGUCCGUUUAUUACGUCCGAAGCCCAGGAUGCUGGUCGUGUUCGGUCGUUUGAGAACUUGGCGUUUAUUCGUGUGUUCAACUCUGGUCACAUGGUCCCCAUGGACCAACCAUCGGUUUCUUUCGAGAUGAUUAACAAGUUCUUCCAGAACGAGGAUUUCUGA